AUGGCCCAUUUUGUUGGAACGUGGAAAUUGGAGAGUAGUGAAAAUUUGGAUGCCGUAUUGCAUAAACUCGGUAUCAAUAUGAUCAAAAGGAAACUGAUUACCAGUACGAAACCGGAGAUCACGUUUACUUUAGACGGGAACAAGAUGACCAUGAAAACGUGUUCCGCGCUGAAAACCACCACAAUCUCGUUCACUUUCGGCGAGGAGUUUAAAGAGGAGACUGCUGACGGGAGAAGUGUCAUGGUUAGUUAUUUCCCAUCCCCACCUACCCACAUCGAGACACGUUCCGCUCACCCGAUCGAUGCUUUCCGAUGGGCACUUUUGAUUAUGAUCCUUUCCACUUUCACCAAGGAAUCGGACGAUAAAAUUUGUCAAGUACAAAAACAUCCGGACAAUACCACGCACGUUGUUCGGGAAGUACAUGGAAACCAGAUGACUGCGGUAAGUAAACACACAGGGCUUGUGAAUCCAAUGCUUCCGUAUUAUUGUCCCCCUCCCCCCUUCCGUUGUUUUGAUGAUCUCUAUGCUGCUAUCGAACUUGGAUAA